CAUAAUGCUGUGCGCACUGCUGUUGAGCGGUAGAACUGUAAACACCAGUCAAGUCUCACAGAUGCUAACCAAGCCGUCAGGUAGCUGUGGUAACUACAUAACUAACAAGCAAUACUGUGUGUGACAUGUUACGUUAGAUAUCUUCUGGCUAGGCACACAAGUUACGUACAAUAUCAGUACUUUACAAUGGUCCCAGGUGGCUAGCUUAUAACCUGUGUCUUACAAGUUAGCUAGAGAGCUAGCUCACAAAACAAUUAGAAAGUCGUUGAGGACACAUUUUCUAAAGUUCUGAGAUGGAACGGGCCUUUUUGGGGUCACUGCAAGACCAUGAAGUUGGCUCAGUGCUGUCGUCGUGUGAGCCGGAGCUGCAGGAGUUGAUGAAACAGAUAGACAUCAUGGUCAACAACAAGAAAAGCGAGUGGGAGGCUGAGAUUCAGGCCAUGGAGUUGCGUUUGCAGAGAGGCGAGCAGGAACUGCUGUCGUCCAAAACUCUUCUAGACCAGCGGAACUCGGAGGUGGUGUCGCUCCGCAGGGAGCUGCUGGAGCUCCAGGCUGGGAGACAGGAGACGGUCGCCAAGUAUGAGGAGCAACUGCUGCACGUCCAAGAUGAGUUGUCUAAACUGAAGCGCAGCUACCAGAAGCUACAGAGCAAACAGCAGAAGGCGUCUGGCCAGGGAGCCAAGGCCGACGGCUCGGAGGUCGCCCGCCUCAACGGCAAGCUGGAGGAGUUCCGUGGGCGCUCGGCCCAGUGGGAGCUGGAGAGAGCUCAGCUCCAGAAGCUCGUCUCCAGGCUGGAGGCCCAGAGGAAGACAGAGCAGAGCUCCAACAGCAAGGCCCAGCCCCCCUGGCUGCAGGAGGGGGCCAGCAGGGUGGAGGUGGAGCGCCUGCGAGGUCAGCUGAAAAGGGCCCAGGACACGCUGCACGGCCAGGAGCUGGAGCUGGAACGCCUGCGCCUCCUGCAGGAGGGAGAGCCCUGGAGGGAGGGCAGCAGGGAGAAGGAGGGUCAGCGUGGCCCCCAGGGCCCCCAGGGCCCCAGCCUGCAGCUCCAGCAGCUACGCAGUGAGGUGUCGAGGCUCACCCACGCCCUGCACUCCAAAGAACUCACCAUCAGGGCUCUGGAGGACUGCCUCGGGGCCCAGGGCACGUGUCCGGGGGUGGGGACGCUCCGCCAGGACUUGGAGCUGACUUCCACCCAGCUGCUCGCCGCCCGCGCCUGUGAGGGUCACCUCCGUGCUGAGCUGGGACGCCUGCGAGACAGAGUGGAGACCCUGAGCAAGCAGAGAGGAGAGAUGAGCAGGAGGGAGCAGGACCACAGGCUGGCUGGAGAAGAUCCCCCCCAUGCAGCGCAGGAGGUCAGGAAGCUGAGGGAGGAGCUUCUGCGGGCGGAGCAGACUCGGAGCGGCCAGGUGGAGGGCAUGAGGAAGGAGGUAUCCCAGCUGACCAAUGAACUGCACCUGCGUGACAUCACCAUCGCCACGCUCAGUGGCUCCGCCUCCAGCAUGGAGCGGCAGCUGAGAGGAGAGGUGGAGCGGGCGGAGAGGCGUGCUGCAGAGCUGAAGGUGACUCGGGUGCAGCUGGAGACGUUAAAGAUUGAGAACCAGCAUCUGAACGACCUCCUGGAGAGGGUGGACAAGCACUCAACACAGAAGGACGAGUCUUCUCUGGGCUGUCUGAGGGAGAGUUAUGUGUCGUCUCUGGCCAGUCUGGAGCAGGAGAACCAGCAGCUGAGAGAGGGGCUGGCAGCGGCCGGAGCGAGGCUGGAGGCCAGUGCUCAGACCUGGCAGGACAAGUACCAGAGAGCCCUGCUUCACGGCCCUGCCAGGCCCGGCCACGCUGCCCCAACUCUGGACAGGCACGAGGAGGUGACGGAGUCCAGGCUGCAGGACAUCCACAGGCUGUACAGACAGCUGGAGAACCUCUCCUCCUCCUCCUCCUCCAGCUCCUCAGAGGUUAGGCAACACAAAGGGGAUGGAUCUCAGCUCCAAACUGCUCCAAGUGGACCCUCUCCUGGUGCUGGUCCAGAGGCUCAGUGUUCCAGCUCUGAGGAAGCUCUUCACCUGCUGGCCAGUGAGGAGGUGUUCCCCAUGGGGCGCUGUGCGGCCUCCCCGGUGGAGGCCGUGGCGUCCCGCUUCCUGGAGGAUGAGGAGGAGCGCACCCAGCAGCUCCUGCUGCAGCUCGACGCUCACAUCCAGGGUCUGAGAGACGACAGCACCCGCACACUCCUCCGCUACGCCCAGCCCGACAGGAAGCAGGAAGUGAACAGGAAGUCAACAUGAAGUGAAGGGCUGGACCAGAGCAGGUUAUGGACACGGUGUAAGAGUCCUUGGCAGCCUCUUCUCCACCCAGCUUUUCUGCAGCGUGGGCUGGGUCCUGCCAGGAUGGAUGACUGGUGGUGGAGCAUGGAGGCCUGUCUGAGGAGUGUUUGUGUGUGUGUGUGUGUGUCCAGACCCUCCUCUCCUCCUGGUGUAACCAAGUCCUUCCAGAGGAAGGUGAGCACUGUGCCAGUCUGUCAUGACCUCCUCCCUCUGCUCUCUUCCC